CCUACUGACUGGUGCCAGAAAAUAGCUGUAAAGGAACUAUGUAAAUCAAUUAACUCCAUGGUUUUUAUGGAGAUCUCUUGAUACCAAAUCUUCUUUCUUUUCAUGCUUCUCUGAUCCUGCGGAGAUGAAAAUUGACAUCCAUAGUCAUAUUCUACCAAAAGAAUGGCCAGAUCUAAAAAAGAGAUUCGGCUAUGGAGGCUGGGUGCAGCUCCAACACCACACUAAGGGAGAAGCAAAGAUGCUGAAAGAUGGGAAGGUCUUCAGAGUGGUCCAAGAGAACUGCUGGGAUCCAGAAGUCCGUAUUAGAGAAAUGGACCAAACAGCUUUGGCAUAUGGUAAGUUCUCAGUUAAUGUGGCCGAAAAGCUGAACUGUUCCCUAUUUGUGCACCCCUGGGACAUGCAGAUGGAUGGACGGAUGGCCAAAUACUGGCUCCCCUGGCUUGUAGGAAUGCCAGCAGAGACCACCACCGCCAUCUGCUCCAUGAUCAUGGGAGGAGUGUUUGAGAAAUUUCCCAAACUGAAAGUGUGUUUUGCACAUGGAGGUGGUGCCUUCCCUUUUACAGUCGGAAGAAUCUCCCAUGGAUUCAACAUGCGCCCAGAUCUGUGUGCCCAGGACAAUCCAACCAACCCAAAGAAAUACCUUGGUUCCUUUUACACAGACUCCUUGGUUCAUGAUCCUCUGGCACUCAAGCUGUUAACAGAUGUCAUAGGAAAGGAUAAAGUCAUUUUGGGAACUGAUUACCCCUUUCCACUAGGGGAGCUGGAACCUGGGAAACUGAUAGAGUCCAUAGAAGAAUUUAAUGCAGAAACAAAGGUAUAUGCUGUUUACUUCAUGGUCUUCCUGAGUUUUCCCGCUCUAAUUCUUUGGUUUCAGAGAACUUUGAUAUGCGACAACAAAGAACAAGGGAAACAUUAUGCUUAA